AUGUCAAAAACACUUCUGGACAUCCUCGAAAGCAUUGCAGCAGCUGGAAAGGCUUACCAACGUGAGGACAUUGGUUCACUAGAAAGUCUUAUCGGACUAGGCAGAGAUCUGGUAGCAACACUUGAAAUCCCAAGUGAGUUCUUGCAAAGAACGUUCUGGGCCGAGCCUGCUCUAUCAGCACAUUGCAAGUUGGCCGUUCAGGUCGGACUAUUCCAACAUCUGAAAGAUGUAGGUAAACCCGGCAGUAGCCUUUAUGAUCUUACCCAAAAGACAGGAGUCGACACACCACUGCUCCAGAGAAUCCUCCGCCACCUAGUCGCCAUGAAGCUUCUCACAUACUCGAACGGAAAGUUCAAAGGGACACCCCCCAGCGACGGCCUCGCAGCAGAGAACUUCCAGAAAAGUAUUGAUUUCUGCUACGACGUUGCCCGGCCCUCCUUCAACCGCUUCCCCAGCUUCUUCCAAGCAACAGGCUACCGAAUCCCAAGUUCGCUCACAAACGGUCCGUUCCAGGCUGUACACGGUAUAGCGAUGCCGUUUUUCCCGUGGUUGGUAGCCACGCCCCCGUAUCUCGAUGAGUUCGACAACUUCAUGUCAGCGUACCGGGCCGGGAAGCCAAAUUGGUAUGACGCAGGCUUCUACCCCGUAGACGACCGUCUAAUCGAGGGCUUCGACACUGACACCGGUGAAACGCUGCUUGUAGAUGUGUGGGGUGGCCGCGGCCACGAUGUCCAGCAGUUCAUAUCAGAACACAAGGCACAUCCUGGAAAAAUUAUUCUACAGGACCGAGAGCCCGUUAUUGCCAGUGUUUCAAAUCAAGAUAAGCUGCUGUUUGAGUUGGAAGUACACGAAUUCUUUACUCCUCAGCCAAUCAAGGCUGCAAGGGCUUACGCGCUGCAUUCCAUCCUUCAUGACUGGAUCGAUGAAGAAGAAAUCAGCAUCCUAAAAAAUCUGAGGCCAGCGCUCAAGUAA